AUGACCAAUCCAUUCUUUGUUUUUGUUCUUCUUGUUACUCUUAUCGGAGUGGUACUUUGCGAUGCAGACUACUAUAAGGUGUUAGGUGUGAGCAAAAACGCAGAUGCCAAGGAAAUUAAAACGGCUUACAGAAACUUGAGUAAAAAAUAUCAUCCUGACAAAAAUCCUGGCGAUGACUCGGCUCAACAGAAGUUCAUGGAAAUUGGUGAGGCAUAUGAGGUUUUGAACGAUCCGGAUAAAAGGGCUGUGUAUGAUAGGUACGGUAAGGAAGGAUUGCAAAAUGGGGGUGGCGCACAAAAUGCCAACACUGGUGGCAGAGCAGGUGAUCCUUUCGACAUGUUUUCAUCAUUUUUUGGUGGUGCAAGGGCAAGAGGUGGAAGACAAGGAAAGCCUAGGGGAAGGGAUUACAGAUAUGCUGUCGGGAUUACUUUGAAAGAUUUCUAUAACGGAAAGAGUGUAAGGUUUCAUUUAGAACUCCAGGAUAUUUGUGAUAAGUGUGAGGGUACAGGUUCGGAGGACGGUAAGACACAUCCAUGUCCAGUCUGUCAGGGUAGAGGCCGUGUGAUUCAGCGGAGGCAGAUUGCUCCUGGAAUGUUCCAGCAAUUCGAAUCGCCUUGUGGAGCAUGUCAUGGUAGCGGAAGAAAAAUUGAUCAUUUGUGUAAGAAAUGUCACGGACAAGGUGUCUACAUGAAUCAGAGGACAUACACUGUUGAUAUAUCUCCUGGAGAGCCUAGAAACCACGUUCAGAUGUUCCAAGGUGAAUCCAAUAAGAGUCCUGAGUGGAUAGCAGGUGAUUUGGAUAUCACGUUACGUGAACUGCCACAAGGAAACUUGGGAUACCGUCGUAUUGGAUCUAACCUUUACCGUACCGAAGUUCUGACGUUGAAGGAGGCUUUAACCGGCGGCUGGGAGAGGACUAUUCCAUUCUUGGACACUUACGAACCGGAUCUUAAAAUAAGAAGAAAGAAAGGUGUCGUAGUUCAGGAUGGUGAAAUAGAAAAAAUCAGGGGUAAGGGAAUGCCAAUAUUUGAGCAGGAUGAUGAGCAUGGUGACUUAUUUAUUGAAUACAAGGUUAUUUCGCCCACAGGAAAUUCUAAGUUACUUCAGAAGCUUCAUGAUGAAUUAUAA